AUGACGUCCUUUCAACGGUCAGGCAAGACCGCCCCCCGUCUUGUACAAGAUAUAUACGAAUAUGAUCCUGCUCACCUUCCAGCGACCGGCCGCAAUCUGCUCGCGGACGUCCCGCCAGUGUUUCCUGAAUACUACAAUGGACCGCUAGAGCACAUCUCAUCGGUGGCAUGUCGCCAUAACUUUGUAUCGAAACCAGCCCAAAGUUAUGUCCCUCAGUCGGAGCAAAGCAAUACUGGAGCCCCUACGAAGAUAUCGGCCGUGUGCUUGAGGUGUCGUUAUCAUAUGCAAGUUGAUGUGAGCUCUACGCCCGGUAUUGGUCAACCUAGCGCGAGAUUUUCAGACCACGUACAUCAUCUGGUAUAUAGGUCCGGAAAGUACAGAGGCGGCGCCACGCCGGAAGAAGUCAGCCCCAAGGGACAGAUGUUGGAGACAUUUCAUUAUGAGUGUUCAUAUCUAUCCUGCUCCGUUGCAGUAUCUGUGCGGUUCGCCUCACCUGUCCUUAAUGAUGACCAGGUGCGACUGUUGAUAGACCCCGAAGCGCUGCGAGAGCGCGCGAGCGAGGCAUUUGCAGCCCAUCCUGACCGUCUGGAAGGAGUUGCUCCGCCCGCACCUAUCAAUGUCUUGCUGAACUUGCGUACAUAUAUCAGCAACGCUCUCCUUGAUAGCCAACAGAGCAAGUCAAUCUCAGCGGUUAACAAACGAUUUAUGACGUGUUUCGGAGUUGAAGGGAAGCCUUGCAAAGACCUGUUAGAAUUCCUGGGAUUUAGCUCUAAGAAUGAAGGCUUUUGGGAACCUCCUCGACCGAAUCCGUGGGCAGAGUUUCCCUAUCGCGACCAGCUCAAGAUAUUUCUCGAUGACGUUAUACACGAACUUACAGCUCUCAUAGAACAGAGGCCAGUGAUGGAGAAGAAGGGCCACCAGCUAGAGUUUAAUCGUCAACCGGUCUUCAACGAUCUCCUCUAUGCGUUGGACUCUUUGGACUACCCGAAGGCCUCACGAUCAAGUGAAUUUCAGAUGGCUCCUCAACCUUACUAUGAAGACCUGGGUGUCGUUGAGGACAUGGCCGCUUCUUCCAUCGUCGAGGCCUUUAACCGACAAGUCUCGGUGGAUCCUGCUAGGACUCCUGUCUACCUAAAGUGUCUGAAGGCAAUCGGAACCCUCAGAGGAGGGGAAGAUGGCUCUCUUAUAGACCAGGCAGUUCAGGUAGCCUACUCUGAAGGGAAAUACACCGAAGAGGACGUGGUUGAUGCCUACAAGUACUUUGGUCUAAGUCACGAUGACCAGCGACUCACAGAAGACAGCAUAAUUGGGAAAUUUUAUGCUUAUCUAGGUGCCACUACUGCUGUCCAGGAGACUGAGACCCGCAGACAACUAUGGAGGAUAGGAGACAGCAGGCGUAGUGAGCGGAUCAAGGCAGCAGCGGAAGAAAGGGUGUCAACUGCUGAGCAGGCCCGGGUUUUCCUUGGCGUUAGCGCUGAUACACCUGAUGACUUUGUCAUGGCAGUUUACACAGCUAAAGUUAAUGACAAUCCAUCGAGCCGGGAUCUUGCUCGCCGUGCAGUUCAGCUGCUAGCUGAGGAGCGAAAAUCGGAAGCCUUAAAUCAUUUUCUCAAGACAGGCGAGAUGACUGCAGGUGAGAUGGACGUCGCUGAUGCCUAUCGUCUCCUUCAAAUACCCGAUCGCACCGUGGAUGAGAGCGCAAUUAUGGCAGCAUACACGAUUUGUGUGGAUGAAGCUCCAGCACAAGCUGAAAACUACAACCAGGCGCUGCGAAUUAUCGCGAAAGAUAAGAAUAGCCCUUUACUGAGCAACAUGGUUUCUGGUUCCGCCACUAAACCUGACCGUAACUUGGCCGAAUGGCCAGUCGGACUGCAGAAUAUUGGCAAUACCUGCUACCUCAACAGUCUGUUGCAAUUCUAUUUUUCAAUUCGUCCAUACCGUGAUAUGGUUUUGGACUUCGAGAAUUUCAAAAUGGAUAUAAAUGAGGACAUAUUGAGCCAAAAACAGGUGGGGUCUCGCAAAGUGUCGCAAAAGGAGGUUGAGCGGUCCCAACGGUUCCUUAGAGAACUGCGAACUCUUUUCAACGACAUGAUCACUGCCCCAGCAACUUAUGUUAUUCCCACCCAGGAGCUGGCGCGGCUGACGCUGAUCAGCCCUUCUAACGAAGCCGCUAUUCGUCGCCGGUCGACGAUGUCUGGGAUCAGACCUAGUGCUCUUGGUGAAAUCAAUGGUGUUCCAGUUAUGGGACCUCUCGGACCCCCGCAGCCGACUACAGAAAGUGAAGCCAAGGGGCCCAUAGCUCCCGAGCCAGAGAAACUCCAACGCUUAACGACAAGCGAUGUUGAUAGCGAGGCAACUCUUGUCUCUGACAGCACCAGGGUCGAUGCCACAGUCCCGCCCUCUAAUGACAAAGAACCUGAGCCUCCACGGACAGAUUCUACAAAGACGGUCGCGCAGAACGAUAUAACCCCUGAGGCAGUUGAGUACCAACCAUCCGACAAACCGGCUUCUCCUGAGCAGAAUGAGCCGUCUAGCCAGCCUCCUCCAGUCCCUCCACGGCCUGGUCCGCAGCCUGAUCCACAAAGGCAACUAAUAGAGGAAGUAGAGAUUGGAGCUCAGCAGGAUGUGACAGAAGUAAUCAAUAAUGUGUUGUUCCAGAGUCAAUGCGCCAUCAAGCCAAUCUCGCUUGCUCCAGAUGGUGAGCAGCUCGAUCAGGUUAAAGACUUGUUUUACGGUAAAGCCAAAUCCUACAUUCAAACAAGUGAAGGGGUGCGAUCAAAGGAAGAAUGGUGGUGUGACAUAAAGAUCGACGUCGCGACCGGAUCGCGAGAUAUCUAUGCUGCCAUUGACGGUGCUUUUGACGUCCAGAAAGUUAGCGUCCAGCGUGUCCAGUUCGAUCCUGUCAAGAAGCGCUCCUUCAAGUCCAUCCACCAUUUAGAAUUGAAGGAGACUAUCUACCUUGACCGGUAUAUGGACACCCAACAACCCGAAAUCUUGAAUCGCCGUCGCCAGUGUUGGGAAUGGAAAAAUACGUUAAGAAAACUCGAGGCUCGCCAAACAGAGUUGCAACGCCAAAGUGAGGCUGAUGGCCUGGACAUACCGAGCUUGUUCGACAAUGCUAGGGGUGUGCUAGAAGAGCUGAAUUCUAUGAAAGAGGAUCCCGAGACCGCAGCAGAUGCGGUUCCUAUCAACCCAGAACUUAUACCUGAGCUUAGUCAACUUUCCCAGAUAGCGAGGGCAGAGCUGAGCUAUAUCGAACAAGAGAUCAAGGAUCUACAAACUAUGAUCUCAAGUCAGUUUGCUGACUACAAACAUUUGGCCUAUCGUCUCUAUGCUGUAUUCGUUCAUCAUGGCUCCGUUGAAUUCGGGCACUACUACAUUUACAUCUGUGAUUUUGAACGGAAUGUUUGGCGGAAGUAUAACGAUAACUAUGUCACUGAAGUGCAUGACCUGGAUGAAAUAUUUACGAGCCAGGACCGCCAAAAUCCCCCGACUCCGUACUUCCUCGUAUAUGUCAAUGCAACUAUGAAGGACCGUCUAGUCAGUCCUCUUUGCAGGGAGAUAAUCGAGUCUUCUCCGGAUGAUCAACCAAGCGCAGAUGGAGGAAAUCCUAUGGAAGGGGUUACUGCGCCAACAGUUGCAGAAGACGUGGAUAUGAACCCACCAGCAUACAAUGAGAUAUGGACUGACAAAGGCACAUCAGGUGUGGGGGGCGACGAGGUCACUGGCAGAGGGCCGUCAAACAAAGACACUGACUUCCAUGAUGUGCAAUGGUAG